AGAACAGGAAAAGGUUCUGCAGUAUGGAUCGAACUAUCGGGUUCAACAGCUCAUCAGAGAGCUUGACAGGUGACAUGCCACUGAGGAAAACCUUGGGGAGACAUUUCAUUUCUCCCUAACCAUGGACUUCCACGAAAGGCAGGAGGUGGAGGAGGGCACUGGAGACGAGGAUGAUAACUUUUCAAGCUAUAUGGAUGACAAUGGUGUCAUUGGAAUGGAGGACCAAGGGGAUCUGGGAUUCGAUGAGCAAGAUAUUCUGACCCAGGAGGAACAAAGGUCUUUUGGACAACUGGAACAACGGAUACUAGGAUUAGAUGAGAAGUUGGUUUUACAACUAGGUGAGCAAGAUAUGGCCUAUCCAGAAGCCCCAUCAGAUGAAGACCGGUCUGGCAUGCAGAACUGGGAAGAACAAUUUAGUUUUUCUCAGAUGGCUGAAGAGAGAAGCCAAGAUUUAUUGGAAAUAGAAAACUCAAGAUAUAGCGAUAUUAUCACUGAUCAACAUGAUACAGAUGGUUUAAGCCUUGAGGAACAUCCUGAUACUUCACUAUCUUUGCCACCACCGUUAGACUGGCGGCCUCCUAGCAGAGACCAACAGCUGGACAUGACGGAAGAUGAACAGGAUCGAGGUAGUUCCAUCGGAAAAUUGGAAGAGGAAGACCCGGAUAGUUAUAGUCAAGGUCAAUCUGAUCUUCCCUAUGAUGACAGUCCUAGUCAUGAGAGGUUUGAGGAAUAUGGCCAAACAACAGCUGACGAAGAGCAGUGGGACAACCCUCCUAUGUCAUCAUUGGAGGAAAGUUACUUGCAAAACCCAAGGACUCAAGAAGAUGAACCCACCGCCUUUUCUCUAUAUCCAUCUCCUCAUCCCAUCUCUAACUCUUGGGGUUCUAAACUUAUUAAUCAACUUGGUGGAUUAAGUGUGUCCCCUCGCAUAGAGGAUGAAACUCUACCAGAAUCCUCUUGCACAGACAGUAUGGAAGGCCAAGCCCCCAUUUCAUCAGGAGACUUCAGAAGAGUAGCUUUUAACCAGUCGAAAGACAAACAAUCAGAGUCUGCCUAUCCAACAUCUACACCACUCAGAACGUGGAAUGCAGGUGACACCAAUAUGAUGAGGUCAAGCAAAUCUUCAACUGCCCCUCUAUAUGGUAGGGGUCAAUUGAAUUAUCCUCUUCCAGACUUUUCCAAAGUUGGUCCCAGAGUUAAAUUCCCUCGUGAUAAUGAAAGUUAUCGCCCUCCACCAUCAAGAAAAUUAGACACUCCCAAAAAAGUGACUCCUGUCAUUUUCAAGUCACCUGCUGAAAUAGUGCGGGAGGUCCUGCAGAGUAGUACAGACACACCCAUCCAGGAACCAAUAGUGCCACGCACUGUACCUCAAGAAUUUCAGACCCCCAAACAAGCCACUGAGCUUGUCCAUCAGCUUCAGGAGGAUUAUAACAAGCUUCUCACUAAGUACGCUGAGGCUGAAAAUACCAUUGACCGUCUGCGACUAGGAGCUAAAAUAAACCUGUACUCUGACCCCCCAAAGCCAAGUCACAGUGUGCAGAUGGGUACAGUGCUUCAUGGUUCAAAAAUCAUGGAGUUUACCAUUCCUCAAGUGCAUAAAGCGACUUUCGAUAGCAUUAGUGGGGAAGAUGGAAUAACGCCUGAGAGUCCUGAUUUCCCUGCACCUACCAGUCCCCCCUUACCUGAGAUGCUUAGUACCUGUACCUCCCCAGUUAACACACCGAUGGACACCCCAAGCACCCUCAGUUCUAACAUAGAAUUACUUCAACAAGAGCUUGAUCAUUUUGAGAAACUGCUAAAUGAUGGACGUCUGACCCCAGGAGAACAGCAACAGGCUCUGUUGGAGCUCCGUGGGUCUCUUGAAGUGUUGGAGCAACAGUAUUUGAAUGCUCAAGGGCAAUACCGUCAGUGGCAGCAAGACCCCAGUUCUGGCUACCCACCGGAGGAACUUGAUCCCAACAGGGUUCUUGAGACAGCAAUAUUUGAACUGGGGGUUCAUCUGGAUGACUUACAGGACAAGGUACAAGACCUGUCGGUGCCCAAGCGCUCCCCAGAAUUAGAUAUCCGCAGUGAUGGAACAACUUUCAAUGAUCCUCUACAUGCAGCCCCAGUGCCAUCGGCUGUAACUCCCAUUCCAGCACUUCUAACCCCAUAUCCAGAGACACCCCCACCCACUCAGCCACCAGGGCACACUGAAACAGAUCAGGUAUUGGAGAAAAAAAAAAAGACAGACUUGGCAGAGGAUUUGCCGCAGCCAUUACGCCACAAACAAAUGCAGGUGGAAAAAGAAUAUGACAGCCUACUCUCCACGUACAAUAAUUUUAAGACUCUUCCUGAUGCCCUGGGUUUAGAGCAGGAUGAGUGGCCUCAUUUCCAUCAGAUGGAUACCAGGCCUCACCAACAUGCUCAGAUGACUGAUGAUCAAGACCACCAAAAACCUGAUAGGUCCGAGCAUCAACCAAAAACAGAGAGACGAGGGAGCCGCGCACAGUCUGUCAGAUUGCAACCUCGUCCCAGAGUUCUAAGACAAAAUGACCAUUUACAUGAUGUCAGUCCAAGGAGUAAAGAACAACAUGUCAGAAUAGAGGAAUCACCAAGAAUUUCUAAACUCCAGAACCAUGUACAGCCUGUCAAACCUGAGCCUAAGGAAACCAGACCGUUUAAUGCUCACAAACUCAAAGCUUCACCCAGAGGACAACAGGAAACGUUUCCAGGACAAGAGGAAAAGAAGUCUUCUCCAGAAGCUCAAACCUACACAAGGACCAAGAGUGCACCACAGAGUUCAAAGGGUUCAGUACAACGCGUUUCACUGAGCUCACCCUCUACAUCCCAGUUAAGAGAAAAGGCCUCCCGGAGCCGAGUAAACGAACAGUCUGUAAGUGGAGAUAGUAUGAGAGGCUCCAAUUCACGGAGAAGUAGCAUCAGCAGCAAAAGUGUCAGCUCUUCAGCUCAGAAAGAGAAACCCAAGGAUAAAGGAAGCUCUGCACAGGACAGGAUUGUGUCUCCAGAAACAGAUAGCGGUUUCCUGGGGUCAGAAAGUGGACAAUCUCCUCUACAAAAACAGCGGAACCGGCUGCAACAAAUCAGGGAAGCACCACCAGCUGUAAUAAUUUCUUCCACAAAUUCUCCUCCAAGGACUGAGUCUGAGCCCUCUAGGAUGGAAAAUGAUAAAUUCAGGAUACACAAGACUUCGUGGGGUAAAAGGGAGGAAGGUAACCGGUGGCUGGGACCAUCUGAGGUCAGCUCACCCUCCCCAGGACCUAAGAGUCUGACUGAGAGUGAGGGCAGAGAGCAGAGUCAGGCCAGUGACACAGAUUCUGAAAGAGAUAGAUGCAGUGACAUCGUGAAUUACAGCUCCUCUGCCGCCCGCGUCCAACUUUCUCCUCUUAGAGACAGUUCGCAGCAUUUAAGAGACAUUUCGGAAACUCGCAGAGCUAGAGAUCAAGCCAUCCAGGAGCUCCAGAAAGAAGUGGUUCAGCUCAGACACCACUUGGAGACCUCCCUAAGUCGCCCGUCCGCACAAGAGAAACCAACUGAGAAUCGGCACUUAUCCAACUUUCAGAUUCCACGGGAGGAAAGAGCUCCACAUUUUGCCCAUGUUCGGACUACACCUCUAUCCAAUGGAGAAGCAACUGUGAAAGUAUCAAGAGCAGAACCACCCAAUGCCAACUCCACGGUACCAGACAUUGGUUCUGCUCAACACUCAAAGGGAAGACACGUCUAUGGGGAUUAUACGGGAACGCUGUAUCAUCUCCCGGAAACAUCUCCCAGUCAUCGAACCCAACAGGCAACUAUACCCAGCUGUCAGCGAUGCCAAGGCAACAGACGCAGGAGCCUUGAACAUGUAAGAUCUCCUGUGGACGUUGACCCAAGCUCUCCUGUGCCGUCCUCUUGUCCCUUGUGUAAUGAGAGCAAUGACUCUGCUGAUACCCAGAGACCUGCAGGACUAUCGAACCAUCAUGUAAACAGGCGAAGGCAGAGGUCUCUGAAGGCACCUCCUUUUGGGCAUUGGAUCCUAAAUCAGACUCCUCCAGUAACCUAUAUACAAACCCCGCUCAUCUCAUACAGCUCUCCAGUAAUGUACAGCCCUUCACCCAACUAUUAUGUUCCUAUGGGAUACAGUGUACCAGAGAUACGUCCUCCACGUACCUUUACCCCACCACCAAGCUUUUCCGAUACUGAUGACCUACGUUGGCCCCUGAAUCGGGCACUAGAGGCAGCCAAGGAGCUGAAAGUGACAAGCAAGAGAAUGUGCCGCUCUUUGACCUCAGACCUUGGCUUUCAUCGCAAUUUCCGAGGAUCGUGUCUUUUCUAGUUGGGGACUUGAGAUAAGGAGGGAGCAUUAUUGCACUAUACUUAAUAUGUUCCUAAUAUGUAGUGGAGAAACUCCAUGUUAGCAUUUGUUCAGUCAUAGGCAGCAGAAAACGCACACUCAAUCAUUCUAGUAUUUAGAAAACCAGUCCGUUUAUCCUGGAGAGGUAUGUUUGCAGUGGUAGAUUCGGUACAAUUUGAGAGGUUAACUAUUUUUUGGCUGGCAACAUGAGCUUGUAUCUAGUAGACUUACACACAAAUCCGUUUCACCUGCGUCGCAUGAAUCAAAUUACGGCUAAUC